ACUCAGAAUUCGAACUCGCGCAUCAUAGUCGUGUGAAAGAAAUGCCUUUCGUGGAGACAACAACGGAGCCAAACCUUCGUUCUUCUCGCUGUGGACAUCCUGCGUCGAUAUGGCGCGCAGGGUUGGUUCUCGGUUGUCCCUUUCGGAAGCGGACAAGACCCAUGUCAACUACAUCAUUAAAGAAGGCGCGAGUCAGAUUGCCCUCCGUCGAUUUUCCGAUUGGGAUGUAACCGGGAGACUUUCCGUAGGCUCCAAAGUGAGGAGAAAGGAUGCGGAGCUCCAUUGUAUCGCGAGAGAUUUUACAGAGAGCACAAUGUUUGACAACUUCAUAAUGAUCAGCAUCAUGCUUAAUGCACUCUUCAUGGCGCUGGAGACUGACUACAACUUUAAACAUGACUACUACACUUUCUUGGAGACGGCAGACGAGCUGUUUUUGGCUAUUUACACCAUGGAGUUCGCCUUGAAGUUGUAUGUGCACCCCAUCGAUUACUGGAGCAGUGGUUACAACGUCUUCGAUGCCUUUGUGCUGCUGAUGUCCUACAUUCCCCUCUUGACGCCGGAAGGGGGCGUCUCCACCUCACUCGACACCAUCAGAAUAUUUCGCGCCUGCCGCUCUCUGCGCGUGCUGAAAACGGUGUCUUUCAUCCGCGGUUUGCAGGCCCUGAUCGCUGCUCUCUUUAAGACCAUGAAGAGUUUGACAUACGUGCUGGCUCUGAUGGUGUGGCUGAUGUUCAUCUUUGCCGUGAUUGGCCACGAGUACUAUGGGGACGUCGACACUGGGGACCCGGAAAACUGGGGAGACAUCGGCUCAGCCUUCUUCACACUCUUCUCCCUCGUCACGGUGGACGGCUGGACAGCCCUGCAGAGUAACCUGGAUGACCUGGGCCUGGUGUCCAGUCGGCCCUUCACCAUCGUCUUCAUCCUGCUCUCAUACUUCAUCCUCUUCAACAUGUUUGGAGGAGUGGUCAUCAUGGAGAUCCAUCACGCCACCCAGCGUUUCGAGCAGGAGGUGCGUCACGAGCGGGACACCUCUCUGGCUCAGAAGAAGCACGCUGUCGUCCAGAGGCAGAAGGAUGAGGUCCGGGAACUGAUACACACACAGAAAGGAUCUGAGGACCAUUACAAAUCGCUGAUCGUGAAGUUCAAGAAGUCACUACGCCAUUCGGAUGUGAUGCUCAUGGAGGAGUUUUGCACCACCAUGUCGUUCAUAGACAUCUACUUCACCUCUAUGGAUCUACAGGACAAAACUGCCUACAGGCUGCAGCAUCUGUAUGGGGAGGUGCUGCGGACCCUGGCGGAGCUGCUGGAGCAGGACCUGCUGGACCAGGCAGAGGAGGAGCAGAACAGGCAGAGGAAGCUGGACCUCAAGAGGGGCCCUCAACGCCCCUAAAGAAGACCCCCCCCCCCCUCCUCCUCUCUCUCUCUUUACGGACAACCUGGAUUAUCAACAAGAGGCAGCUUUAUUCUCUUUAACUUUUAACAUUCAACUUUAUUAUAAUGACACACACACACACACACACAC